AUGACCAAAUUUAAGGGUGCGGGCCCCGAUAUCCGCCGCAAGUACCGAGAGCAGGUGAAGCGCAAACCGUAUGAACGACAAACAAAACCCAAACCUAGAGUCGUAACCAAAGGUCCUCCCCCGAAUUCGCCUCGACGUCCUCCCCCGAAUACGGCUGAUGUCGACUACGAAAAAUUGAGCGAGUUAGAGGCGAAUUACGAUGCCCUGAUUCGCAAGUACCGAGAGCGGGUGAAGCUGCUGCUCAAAUCGUACGAGCGACCUUCGAAACUUAAACCUAGGGCCUUAAUCCAAGGCCCUCCCCCGAGUACGGCAGCAUCGAGCGAGUUGGAGACAAAUCCUAAUGCCCAUGACGCCUCCGGCGACGUGUUGCUCGUCAACCGCGAAGUGAAGGACGCAAGCACCGAUAACGAGCACCACGGGCGAUGGGUUGAAUCACAACAUGAGCCGAAGACGUCGCUGGUUCCAGUGGAUGCAGAUCGCCCAGCAGUUGCGAAUGAAUCGAGGUGUCAGUCGAAGACCAAGGCCAUUACAACGAUUUGGCCUCCACUCCCCGCGCCUCCGACACCUCUUUGGCUUGCCACCGCGAUGUCAGAGUGUAGACUUAAACCGUAUGCGCAACGUUCAACACGCCUACUUAGAGUGGUAUUCCGAGACUCUGCCCUGGAUUCGCGUCAAGGCCCUCCCCCGGAUUUGCCUCAAGGCCCUCCUCCGGGUUCGCGUCAAGGCCCUCCCCCGGAUCUGCCUCAAGGCCCUCCCCCGAAUACAGUUGAUGUCGGCACCCAAACAUCGAGCGAGUUGGAGGCAGAUUCUAAUGCCCAUGGCGCCUUCGACGACGUGUUGCUCGUCCAGCGCAAAGUGAAAGACGCAGGCUCCAAUACCGAGCACCACUGGCGAUGGAUUGAAUCACCAUACCAGUCGAAGAUAUCACCGGUUCCAGUGGGUGCAAGUCACCAGGAAGUUGCAAAGGAAUCGAUGCGUCAGUCAAAGACCAAGACCAAGACCAUUACAAUGACUUGGCCUCCACGCCCCGCGCCUCCGACACCUCUUUGGCUUGUCACGAAAACCGUCGUGAUGUCAGAGCAUGGGCCUGUGUGGGUAGAUUCGAGAUAUCUUCAUCGCGACGGAGAGAGUAGGAAGCCCGGCGCUAGAUAG